GAGGCGGAAAUUUGACAUGAAAUGAUCAAAAUUAGAAGACUUAGUUAUCAUCCGGUAAUUGUCUUGCCAAUGACAAUGCUCGGCAUUCUUAAUAAUAUUGCUUUUGAAUCCCUUUUAGUUGAUAAUGGAUUUCUAUGUGAGUUGUCUCGUGUAUUGUCCUUGACUUGAGCGCCAGGUCAGUUGAAGUACAGCACGCUGUUAUCGGUCUCAAAUCUCUGAAGCAGGUCCCGUUAUCGUUAAAUAAAACAAAUUCCGUGGUUGGUGGCUUGGUCAUUUGCAAAUCAACGGUCGGUGGCUUGUCACUGGAAAGUGGACACUGCAUCUAAGACGCUAACAUGUUCUCCAUGGGUCACCGCUGCGCCCUGCUUUACCUGAUGCUACUUGCACUGGUCGUUGCUGCAAAGGACGGAAAAUGGACGAGUUGGAGUGACUGGAGCCGAUGUUCUCGCUCUUGUGGUGUUGGUGUCUCAUUCCAAACAAGGAGCUGUUUGAACAGAACUGGUUCAUUAACCCUCGGAUGUGAUGGGCUAUUGAGACAAAAUCGACUUUGCAAUAUACAGGAUUGUCCUGCGGAGGAUGUGGACUUCCGAUCAGUCCAAUGUGCAGCCUAUAACAGUAAACCAUACUACAAUGGGAAAAAGUUCGAAUGGGUUCCUGUGAAACGAGAUGCCUUUCCUUGUGAGCUGACUUGCAUGCCAAAAAGGCAGAGAUUCUUUGUGAAAUUCUCGGACAAAGUUACAGACGGAACACCAUGUAGAGAAGGGUCUCUUGAUGUUUGCAUUGAAGGGAAAUGUGAGAGAGUUGGCUGUGACUUGGUAUUAAAUUCCACCGCAACAUUUGACAAAUGUAGAGAAUGCAAUGGGAGGAAUACAAAAUGUAGACUUGUUAAAGGAGUUUUUGAACUAAAACAAAUCGAAGCCGACUACAUUGAGAUGUUGCGCAUCCCUGCUCGAACAACCACCAUUUUUAUAAAAGAAGAAGGUGACCUGAACAAUUAUAUUGCUUUGAAAAACUACAAAGGUGAAUACAUUCUCAACGGAGAUUGGACAAUCAACAGACCAGGAAAAUACAAACUGAAUGGCCAUUAUGCUGUAUACGAACGCUCAAACAAGGAGCAUUCUUUGAAAAUUGAUGGCCCCAUUGAUGCUCCAUUGACUAUAGAGACGCUCGCCUUGAAAGCUCCUGUCCGAUUCAGCUAUGAAUACUACGUACCAAACGAACUUGGCAAUAAUAUCCCAACGACCACUUACAGAUGGACGGUUGAGAAGCGCAGUGAAUGCAGUGCGUCUUGCGCAGGAGGCGUGCGAUAUAAAAAAGUCGUGUGUGUAGCUUCGAAUAAUGGCCGAACCGUUUCUGAAUUGUUGUGCAAUAGCGACGAGCGACCAGCCAGCGAGGAAGAGUGUAAUAUGCAGCCCUGCCCUGCCCAUUGGUUUGUGGGUGAAUGGAGCUCCUGCUCAACGUCUUGUGGCAUUGGUGAGAAAGUAAGACGUGUCCACUGCGUUCGCGAGGCUGUGAAUGGGCAGACUGAGAUGCUUCCAUACUCCCGUUGUAAGGGCAAUCGACCAGCUAAAACGGAAAAAUGCUCCGUCAAGCAAGUCUGUCCACAAUGGAAAGCUGACGCUUGGUCCGAGUGCUCAAAAACAUGUGGACCAGGUGUAAAGACUCGCAGAGUAAAAUGUAUUGGGAUCGCAAAUUAUGCAUCAAACACACUCGAGGAAGGGAGCUGUGACACGACGAUCAAGCCCGUCAAUCAAGAGGGUUGUGACCUUGGGUCCUGUAAUCUUACAUGGGUGGCUGAGUCCUGGAGCCAGUGCUCAGCCCAUUGUGGAAAAGGUAUGCGAAAUCGACACGUCACUUGUCAAAACUCAGAAAGACGGGUUUUUCCAGACGGGUUUUGUGACAGCACUUUCAAACCAACUGCAGUUGAGGACUGCCUUGUACCAGGACCAUGCCAGCCAAUGUGGUACGCCACCCAGUGGUCAAAAUGUUCAAGGGAUUGUGGUUAUGGUAUUCAAGUUAGAAUGGUAUACUGUGCUGAGAAGAUCGCAGGGAAUCUCAGGAUUCUUGACAGCUCUAACUGUAAAAGUGCAGAGAAACCAUCCAAAAUGAAGAAGUGUCACCAGCUGAAACCAUGCAUUUCACAGUACUUUGCAUCCUUGUGGAAACCAUGUAGCGCAAGUUGCGGCACAGGGUUGCGCCUCAGAAAGGUUCGUUGUUACGCCGAUUCUCGUAUUGACUAUUCUGAAGAAACUUGCAAGCAUCUGAAGAAGCCUGCCUCGGUUGGACUUUGUAAUCGCCAUUCAUGUUCAGGUAAGAAUGUUGAGGACGUUAAAAGCGUUGUAGAAGUGGUUACAAAAGCUCCAAAAGUAUUAACAACAAAAGUAGUCGUGAAAGCAACAACAGGAAGAAAAUCAACUCAGAGAAAACCUACUGAGAAAGUAACACAAAGGCCAACAACCAAAAGAACAACUACUGAAAAAGAAACUCAACCGCCACCAACCAAAAGAACAACUACCGAGGAACUAAUUCAACUGCCACCAACCAAAAGAACAACUACCGAGGAACUAAUUCAACUGCCAUCAACUAAAAGAACACCCACUGAAAAGGUAACACAAAGGCUAACUACCCAGGGCAUUGAGCCCCCAACCACAGAAGUGAAGACAACACAACCACCGGCAAAACCCACGACAGUCAAGGUAAAAACUGAAAAACAGAACCCAAGGCACAUAAAAGCAAUCAUCAUCAGCUUCCAAGGACCAGAAUCUAUUGACGAGGGAAGCACAGUUGACUAUUAUUGUAAUUCGAUGGGUGAACCAAUACCCCAGAUUUCUUGGACGUUCAAUGGAAAGCCUGUUGACAAGCUUGGCGAUCGUUUUCUUCUCCUUAAUGGAAACUCCCAUCUUGUCAUCACAAAUGUUCUGAAAAGUGACAUUGGCGAGCUUGUAUGUUCGGCAUCGAACGUUGCUGGGUUUGAAACGAGGUCCAUGGAUAUAAAGGUUACGUCUCCACCAUCGGUUGCUGUUGCUCCAGCGAUUGCUGAUCUUAAAGAGGGCAACUCUUUCUUCACGACAUGUGACGUAACAGCAUACCCUGCAGCUAAAAUAACUUGGCGAAAAGAUGGUCGUAAAUUCCUUGGCGAUUCAAGUCGUGUUUUCGUCGCCGAUACCAUGAUUCGAUUCAAGAGCCUGGUUAUUGCAGAUUCUGGCAAUUAUGAAUGCUAUGCUGAGAAUUCUGUUGGUUACGAUAGGAAAACGAUGUUUUUGAACGUGCAACCAAAUCAACAAGUAAGCUCUUGUGUGGACGACCCAGAUCGGGCCAAUUGCGUCAUCAUCAAGCAGUUCAACUUGUGCACACAUCAGUUCUACUCUGCUGCAUGCUGCAAGACCUGCUCCGGCAAAUGAGCCAACGAUCCUCUAUAUACUUCUUAUUUAAACAUGAUUUGUUGAAAUUCAAGAACACUAUAUCAGGAUAUCUUUUUUAUCUUUUUGGUUCAAAAAUAAUGAUGUUGUGAAAAGAGCAUCGAAUGUGCUCUGAUAGGUUGCUAAAAUCUCUACUAGGCCAAUGAGAUAUUUACAUGAUAGUUUCACCGUUGAAGAUUAAUUUUGCUAUGUUUAUCACUAUGAGGACUUUACCAAAGAAUAUAGGUAUAAGUCACAUAUUAAAAUUCGUUUUGGUAGCUUUUUGUAAAUUAAGAUUCCUGUAGUUAUGGCUAAAAAUUGUCAAAAGUUGAAACCAAAGUGCUAAAAAUAGGCAUAUAUAUGUCAUAAAAGUAUUGUAUUCUAUGAUUACUCGAUAUGGAAUUGCGUUUCUAUUGUAGAAAUAAUGUGAAAACAACCAA